AACCUAAAAAUCGAAAACGUCGGGUCGGGUGGGGGAUAAUAUGGAUAGCCCAUGGCCCAAUUAACCCUAGACACGAAAUGCACAUAAGGCUGCUCCUCUCUAUCUCCAUCGGCGGUUCGCCGUUCGGGAAGUUCGUCGUCGUCUCAAGAAUUGGAUUCAGUUUAAAGGGGGUUGCUUAAUGGCAAAUAGACCUGAUCCAGAUAUUGAUGACGAUUUUAGUGAACUUUACAAGGAGUACACUGGCCCUCCUGGAACUGCUACUACUAAUUCCCUAGAGAAGACAAAGUCAAACAAGAGGUCUCAUGCAGGGUCUGACGAGGAGGAGGAGCCUCGUGACCCUAAUGCUGUCCCAACUGAUUUCACUAGCCGAGAAGCCAAGGUCUGGGAGGCUAAGUCAAAGGCUACUGAGAGGAACUGGAAGAAAAGAAAAGAAGAAGAAAUGAUCUGCAAACUUUGUGGUGAAUCUGGGCAUUUCACUCAGGGUUGCCCAUCUACACUAGGAGCCAAUCGCAAGUCUCAAGAUUUCUUUGAAAGAGUACCAGCAAGAGACAAACAUAUGAGAGCACUUUUCACAGAGAAAGUUAUAAGCAAGAUUGAGAGGGAUAUUGGAUGCAAGAUAAAGAUGGAUGAGAAAUUUAUUAUUGUCAGUGGUAAGGAUAGAUUAAUUUUGGCAAAAGGUGUUGAUGCUGUACACAAGAUUAGAGAGGAGGGCAAUCAAAGGGGGUCUUCUAGUUCUCACAUGACCACAUCUAGGUCACCUGAGAGAAGUCCUGCUGGUGGACGGUUUCAACGCUCUGAGCCCCCAAGGUCUCACUCUGGACCUCGUAAUACUACUCAUUUUCAACAGAGGUUUGGUAGGCAAGAGAGGGUUGUUGAAGACCGUGUAAGAGAGGACUUUCAAAAAUUUCCAAGAGGUUCUCCACAAGCUUUUGGAAAUAGUGGGGGUAGAGGUCGUCCGAGCCAUUCAAGAUCUCCUAGAGAAGCACCUUAUACAGGCAACCCAUAUAAUUCAUAUGAUGACCGUAAUCUAAACAUGGGCACAUACAGAAAUGAUGGAUGGGAUUCACAAGCUAGAGAAUCUGAUAUCCAAUCUGGUCAUCAGUUUGAUUGCAAUGCCUUCCCACAGACAUUAGAAGAAUUAGAGAUGGAGUAUAAAAGGGAGGCCACAGAGCUUGGAAGAAUCCGUGAUAGAGAAGAAGAUGAAGAAAAUUUUAGGCAUCGUGAGGCUGUUAGAGAUACGAGGGAGAACUACAUGAACAAAGUAGCUAUGCUGAGGGCCACACAUGCCAAACAGUGGGAAGAAUUUCUUCAGCUUGAUGCCCAGAGGCGUCAACAGCAGGCUGUCCAACAAAUGCCUACAUCUGGUUUUGGGGGUUAUAAACAGCAGAACUUUUCUGAAUAUGAUGGAUCCACAACCAACCCUCAUUAUACUGGGGCCAGCUUACCCUUGGAAUUGAGGAACAGGUUCUCAAACACUAUGGAAAACUAUCCUACCAGGCGUCAUGAGAAUUUUGGUGAAUUUCAGAGGCGUGGAGAUUUUCCGAAAGCUUACAACAGAUAUUAAAAUUCUGUGUGGAUAAAGUGGGUCCAGAUUGAUCGGGUAGGCGUGUGAGGCGCAGGGCAGCCCAUAAGGUAGGUAUGUUGGUUAUGGUGUUAGGAUUGGGAAGCGAUAUUGUUUAUGGAACCAAUUUUAUUAGGUAACUCGGCUGUUCAGCCGUGUUAAGAACUUUGAUGUGAGUUACGAUUUUUUUUCCUUUCUUUGGGGGCUUAUUUUACUUCAUUGAAUAUGGUGGUUACUUGGCAAUCUAAUCAAUAUCGUUUUGCGGAGAUAUCCUUUGGUUCACGCCUGGUGGGAUCGUGGUGGUGGUGGAAGGUGCCAUACUACGUUUUCUGUUGUGAUUAUUUAAUUGCCAGGGGUUAGUAUAGGCCUAGGGUAUUUCCAUUCUUGGGUAAACAUGUUCGGGGGCUGAUUAACGGGCGUAGCAGUAAAUGUGAAAACUACUUUCACGGACCCGGUAUCUUUCUCAUCAUCCAACUCGUGGUUCCCUGCAAUUACAACUUUCAAGUUCCAAUCAUGGGAUUUGAUGUCAAGCUCAUAGAGCCUCAUCAUUGCACCUAGUGCUGGCCAGCGAAGUAGCUACUAUGCUAUUGGUCUCGUUGCAACGUAGUACAUCUUAAUCGCUGAUCUGUUCCUUUGUUCUGUUUUGUGGGGGUUGACGUGGACGAAAAUAGUUGAGCUCUGAGAAGGGAAUAUGGGGCGGAGUGGCCUACCAUGGCGGACUUUGUUGCGACCGCUUCUUGAAAUGGAUGCAUGCGAGUUGAGCUGAAGCCACGGAACAUUGUGGUUCCCUGGGAGUUUAGGCCUCAAUUAGACAAUUAAUAUUAUUUCCCAGAUCUGAUUCCCGCGGGGUGCAAUUGACAGUUGUUAGGAAUCCGCUAUUUCCUUGCUCUUAUCUUAUUAAUCAGCCAGAUCUCUUCUUCCUUGAUGUUUUAAAUAUGAUCCAUACUCCCCCUGGCCCAUAUUGUAGGAUAUAUUUAAUCAAUUUUGUGGUUUUUAAUGAAUAAUAUUAAAUA